AUGACAACGACUUCGAAUCAAAACGGAUACUUUAACGCUAUUACUGGUAACGAUGGAAAUACAUUUCAACCUGAAAAUCAAAGUUUGCAUCAGAAACGUAAUGCCACCAAUAACGAUACGUUGGAUCGAAUUUCAAGAAUUCCUAAAGAAUCAAGUCAAUUCCUGAAGAAAGUGUCAUUUUCAUCUCAUCCAUUCAUUCUAGCAGUUAUGCACGAUCCUUCAAUUUCCCAGCUGCAAGUCUUAGAUCAUAUUUGA